GGUGACCACAACCUCUACACCAGCGACAACAGCGAGCAGGUCUUUGGCGUGAGCAAGAUCGUCGUCCAUCCCUACUGGAACAGGAACAACGUCGCCGGGGGCUAUGACAUCGCCUUGAUCCGCCUGUCCGCCUCUGCCACCCUGAACAGCUACGUGCAGCUGGCGGUCCUGCCCAAUGAGGGAUCCGUCCUGUCCAACAACUACCCCUGCUACAUCACGGGCUGGGGUCGUACCCGCACCAACGGGCAGCUCUCCAGCGUCCUGCUGCAGGCGUACCUGCCCGUGGUGGAUCACCAGGUCUGCUCCACCUCAACCUACUGGGGCUCCACCGUCAAGACCACCAUGGUCUGCGCCGGCGGUGACGGCAUACAUUCUGGCUGCCAGGGUGAUUCGGGUGGUCCCCUCCACUGCGCGGUGAACGGGCAGUACCAGGUCCACGGCGUCACCAGCUUCGUAUCCGGUCUGGGUUGCAACGUCAAGUACAAACCCACCGUCUUCACCCGCGUCUCUGCCUACAGAUCCUGGAUAGCGAAC